UUGAUUUUGUUGCGUCCCUUUUACAAGAUAAAUAAAGAGUUGCUCUUGAGUAAAGAGGGUUUAGGACCUACUCCACUCUAAAAAUAAAAACCUUCUUCGUCGCCCCAUUGACGGGAAAAAGUAAAGGGAUCUCAAACAGUACGAAAAGUGUUGUCGCUUGGAUGAUUUCAAGUGGAAUAACAUCUACCGGAUGAACGUGGCAUUCCUUGAGAAGACAUCGUGCAGAGGCCGAGGGGCAGAAUCCUGAUCGGUCUUCGUGACCUUGGAGCUGGUUUAUCUAUAGACCAACCAGUUGCUGUGGUCAACUGCCUCUUCAUUCUUAGUCUUGAACAAAGAGUUAACCGGUGAAAGUGAAUGUGCGCUAACAACAAAACUCUAUUUCUCGGAUUUUAAUGGAUAAGAAAAAUUUUUAUCGUUUUGCGAUAAGCUUAACUCAGUUAUUAUGAAGUGUUUAGAGACUAGUCAUACAUUCGACCGCCGACGAGUAACAUGGAUGACGAGGAACCUUUAACUCCGGCGGUCAAAUCCGCCGUUAAUUUCUUUAACAGUUUAAAUAAAUCGUCGCGACAAAAAACCGAAAACAUGAAAUUCGAUGAUGUUAAGUUUAAACAAAAAUAUAAAGGUGGUAGUAGUGAGUUACUUAUCGAGAAUAAACCGGAUUUAAUCAUUGAAGUGAGUAACGUUAAUAAGAUUAAUAAACCGCAACCUAAUCCGAAACCGAAAUUAAUAAAAUCGGGUAAACCGCAACAAGAUGAUUCACAAAUUCUCGAGAAUAAUAAUAAAAAUCUUGAUGAAGCGAUUAGAAAUUUACAACAAGCAACGGAGAGCAUUAAAUCGUUUAAAACGAACGUGGAACACAAAAUUAAAAUCGAAUCAAAAAAACAGACUUUAACUAGCUUUUCGAACAUAUCAUCUAGCAAAGAAAACUUAAUUGUAACCGAAUCAAAACCAAAACCACCAACAAAACCAACUUUCCUCAAUAAACCUCAAGAACAUUUAAAAAUCUCAAAAAGCGUCGAUGAUAUUAUUUUUAAAAGAAACCUUGAAGAUACCAUUAAAUACACCGAAUUUCGAAUCCAACAAAGUUUCCAAAGUCUAUUAGACUUCGAUGAUAAACCAGAUUCUGCAAAAGAAAGAGAACAAUUCGUUGAAGCGUUUAAAAAAUCUAAUAAAGAUAAUGAAGGUAAUGAUAAUAACGAUAAUAAGAAAACCGAUUUUAAAAGUAGCAAUAAAGUCCUACGUAAAACGCGAAAACCUCUCACAGUUUUAAAAAAAAUCAAUAAAAAUCAAAGUGCUAAAAAUACCGCUUGCGGUGGUGAAGUGCAACCGUAUGAUACUUAUGUGAUAAAAUGUCAUCAUUUUAAGGAUGGCGUCGAUUUUAAUAAUGUUAAUGUUAGUGGGGAUGAAGGGAAAAGGGUGGAGAAGAAAGCGUCGUUAAGAAAAAAAGGGAUUUAUAAAAAAAUCCAAGUUAAUAUGGACCAAAAAACAAGAAGUGAUGUCUUUUUGGAACAACAUUUUCAAGGAUUGGGUGAUCGUCCAAACCCAUCCGUUGCAACUUCUUCACCAUCAACUCCUCCUCUUUUAAAUGUAGCACCAUUUUUCCUCCCAGCGACUCCAUCUCGAUCACCAUCGAGGGAAUCAUUAAUCUCUUCAAAUGGUGGAUCGGAAGCUGGGAGCGAAGAUAGUGGUGAUACCGGAUAUGGUGCAGCUUGCGAUAUUGGAUUAGUAGAAAGAUUGAUAAGAUCCCACCCGAUUUGGUUUUUACCCGGAAUUCAACGUGCUGGAGCGUUCCACUUGUUACAAGGAAAAGAAGAGGGUUGUUUCGUGGUGAGACAAUCAUCCCAAGCGGACACAAUGGCGCUCUCAGUGCGAUUACCACCGGAUAAGGGCCCAUACAUUGAACAUUAUUUAAUACAAUCCAGCAGCGGGAAAUUAGGGUUAGAAACCAGCGAGAACCGGUUCGAUAACAUGCCGGCUUUGAUAGCACAUUACGCAAACUGCUGUGAUGAACUUCCCGUGCAAUUAUCUUUGCCGAAAGCAAUUCGAGAAGCCAAAUCUCGCCAACAACUUUCAUCUUUCGCCCUCCUCGGACAAGAAUUUUGGAGGUACAGCCCUCCACCAUCAGCUUCUUCGAGUCCCGACGCGGAUUUAGUUUUAAAUUUAAACCCGUUAAUGAGCAGUUUUAAACCCGCAGAACCAUCGACACCAGUCGUUAAAGAUAAACCAACAAGACCAAACACGCUAAAUUUAAUCAAUAACUUGGAUAAACCCGAAGUGGGAAUCGGAGUCAAAGUCCUACCAUCAUUUAAAAACGAAAAAACACCCCCCGCGCCGCCCCCAAGAUGGUCUAAACCAACAACCCCACAAAACAAUUACACAGUAACAACAACAGUAACAUUUAGCGUCAAUUCAUCACAAAAUAUUAGCCCAGAACAUGAAAUCGUUUGCGACCCGAAAAGAAUGUCACCGGAAGGACAAACAUCAACGAUGUCUUCUAAAGGAAGUUUAAGGAGAGGACCCGAACAUGUGACAUCACCAAACGGCUCCGUUUUAUCGCCAAAUUCAGACCCAAGUUUAAUGUCACCGGACACUUUAUCGCCGCUUUCAAUUACAAAAACUAGUAGAGGAAGUAAAAGAGGGAAACAAAAAAUUUCUAAACACUACCAAGAAAGCGAUAUUUUAGAUUCACCAACUGUUUACUACACAAGCGCCGUCGGUGAUAAAAUCAGCGAUUACGAAGAUUUAUGGACGAACGAAAACCACAAGAAUAAAAAUUUAGCCUCACCUGAUUUACUUCAACACACACCGACGGUUUUAUCGUUAAAUAACAACAUUUUAAGUCCGACCGAGUCGACGAACUCGCACACCAGCUCAUCGGUUACUCCUAAUAACAGUAACUUAAAGGACGGCGAAACCCCGUCUCCGAAACAAGGUAGCCCUUUUUAUGCGGAACCCGCGGAUUCUUUGGCUCAAAACGUAGCGGUUCCGAGGAGGAUUUUUCCUACGAGAAAUACCGUGCAAAUGCAACAGAGACAUUCGAAUCCAGCCGUUUUACACUCGCACGGUUUAGUCAGUCCCGGAUUUGAAAGAGUCGAAGAAUUUUCGGGAAUGUCGUCGAGCGUUGAUAAUCUUAGUCCGAAACCGAGAAUUUCUAUUAAAAAACCAGAAGUUAAACCUGUGAUGCCUCCAUGUAUAAAACCUAAAAAUACCGAUACUUGGCAAGUUGAUAAUAGUUGGAAGUUUGUAGAACAACCAGAAGUUAGUGUAGAUUCAAGCGAACCAGAUUACGACACUGAUUGGCCAGCGACAAUUCCAAAUUUUCAUUUAAUGCCUUUUGAGCGGGAAAAUAGUGAUAGAAGGAUUAGUAUACAGGAGAUGAUUUCAAAGAAAUUUCCUGAUAUAAGAAUGUCGGCUGAUACAACAGACGAAGAAUUAGAAUGUAGAAUGUCAGCUUAUGAUAAUGUGGAUGAUCGAAGAGUUCCAAGAGCUCCUCCAUCAGAAAUAAGCGAAUUAACCGAGUUUUCUGAUCCUUGGGCAGAAAUAACACAUAGUGUAUCAAAUACUGAGACGGAAGAUAUAAGUUUUUCCGAACCACAGUCAACGAAAUCACCGCCAAUAACACGAACGAAAAGCUUUAAAGACCGAUUAGAUCCACUUCUCUCUGCUCCUAGACUUCAAGCUUUAAGAAGUAGAGAUCAAGGAGAUUCGAGAGCAGUUGGGGCAGCGAUUAGAAAUUAUGCCUUGGAAUUAGCCAAUGAUAAAUCAACAACUUUUGCUCAAAACAUCGAUAAUUUUAUAGCGUGUACUAAAGAAUCUAGGGAAGAUAGUCCACAGAUUGUUAUGAGAAAUAUGAGACAAUUUAUGUCUGGAAUGAAGAAUUAUUUGGUUAAACACGGCGAAAAAGGCUUUGACAAAGAAGUCGAAAGGGAAAGAAACAAAUUAAAAUCGACCGAGUUUUUAAAUUUAGACGCAAUUUUAGAGGGAGUUUUACACUGUUUAGUCGUUUCGCCACUUAAAAAUCACCUCCAUAAAUUGUUUAUUGAUAAAUACACCAAAACCGGAGCUAUCGUACUUUUAGCUGAAAACAUUAAGUACGCUAUGACGAGGCCGACAUCAGAACUUGCCAUAAAACCCAAAAUAACUCUACCGAAUGAUGCAGCUCUCCAAACGAUUCAACAAUAUUUAAAUCGUCUUCAAGCUGCUGAUUCUCCUUUAGAAAAACUCGAAUAUCUUUUAGCAGCCAUCGCUGCUAUUUUUAACUCGGUAAAAACAACCCAACUUACUGGUUCUGGAAGAAAUAUGACUUUAGGAGCUGAUGAUUUUCUUCCAUUAUUCGUUUGGGUGCUUGUAAAAACUAAUUUUGUUGCUGCUGAAAUCGAAGCUGAAUAUAUGUGGGGUUUAUUACAUCCCGCUUUAUUAUCAGGAGAGGGAGGUUAUUAUCUUACGACGUUAUCUUCAGCAGUACAUGUACUUAAAAACUUUAAAGAAAGCAGUGAAGAAAACUUUAAGAACAAUUUGAAAACAGAUGUGAGUGUACUCAAAUCCGUAUUAAAAGUAGUCGUCCCUGAUGAACUACACGGCUCAAUUUUAACAAAAACACUUCCUGCUAGGCCCCACAUGACCACGAAAGAAGUUUGUAAGAUAAUUGCUCAUAAGGCAAGGAUAACAAAUCCGCAGGAUUACGCCUUGUAUCGAUUAGUAGAUGGAGAAGAAACUCUUUUGGGCGAUAACGAAUGCCCACAAGAAUUUAUGAUGUGUGAAGGAAAACAUGUGAUGCUUGCCUAUAAAAGGAUCGACGCGAAAAUCGCUUGGCCCAAGCAACAAACUAACUAGUACUAGUCAUUUCUUUAUUAUAAUAUCAUACCGGCUGUUUGAUGUGUAAUUAAUUUUAAAAUUUGGAGAAAAAAUAACGCCACAUUUUUAAUCUAAGACACCUGUUAUUAAUUUAUAACAGAUAAAGUAAAAUUUUAACUUUUCGUACUCCUUGUAUAUAUUAGUUUAGAAAUUGUAAUACACCAUAAAAUAUAUAUACGGACAAAAAAAUUUGUAUAACCCCGUAUGGUAACAAAAAAGUGUGACGCUCAGUGUUUUUAUAUCGUUCUGUAGCGUAGAUCAACCUCCCCCAGUAUUUAUUAUUACCGUUUUUAUUAUCUAUCUAAAAAAAGCGGUUCAUCUUCCGCUAUGUAUCGAAAGACUAAAACGAAUAAACAAAAACUUUUUUGUAUUUAUUAUCAUAA